AUGAAAAGUGAUGAAAUAUAUAAUUUUACCAAUGAACAUGAAUUUACCUUCCUUGGCUUUCCUGCUCUCAACAAAGCACCUGUAACCUCAUUCUUGAUCAUGUUAAUCAUUUAUGUAAUCAAUGCGGUUGAGAAUAUGCUCAUAAUUAUAGUAACGAGAAUAGACUCUCACCUAAAUAAACCAAUGUACUAUUUCAUUGGCUUUCUUUCCUUGGUAGACAUCUCUUGUGCAUCAAUUGUCUUACCUAAAAUGCUGACCAUUAUUCUCUCAAACAAAAAUACGAUUUCCUUUCUAGGGUGUAUGACACAGAUGUAUGUUUUCUUAGCUGUUGGAAUCACUGAGUCCUUUCUUCUUACAAUCAUGUCCUAUGAUCGUUAUGUGGCCAUCUGCAAUCCCUUAAGAUACUAUGUUAUAAUGACUGAGAAAUGCUGUAGACUCUUGGUAUUGGGAUGUUGGAUAAGUGGUUUCCUUGCCGUUAUUCUUCCAGUUGGUAUAAUCUCCAGGCUUCCAUUUUGCAAGUCUCAUGUUAUCAACCAUUUUUUCUGUGAUAUUUCACCAGUGAUCCAACUAUCUUGCAGUGACAUCCAGAGACUUCAGCUAUUUUUCACAUUUAUAGCAAGUGUAGUCAUCAUCGGUUCAUUUCCAAUAAUUAUUUUGUCUUACGUACAAAUUGCUUUGACUAUUCUUGAUGCUCCAUCACCAGCCAGUAAGAAAAAGACCUUUUCCACAUGUGCUGCACACUUAACUGUUGUUCUAAUAUAUUAUGGGUCAAUCAGUUUUAUGUACAUACGUCCCAGCUCCAAAACUAAUUUGGAUCUUGAUAAAAUAACUUCUCUAUUUUAUUCAGUGUUAACCCCGACAAUGAACCCAUUAAUCUACAGCUUAAGGAAUGAUGAGAUAAAAAAUGCUUUGAAGAAAUUACUUGGAAGGAAGACCAAAAUAAACUCACAAGAUUAA